GCUUGGACGGAAUUCUAUGAAUUUAAUGACAGUGAUCUUAGAGCAGCAAGACAGGCCAUAGAAGAAGUUACUGCAAAUCUUCAGCAGGAAAACCAGAUUCCAUGGGAAUUCAUACAUGGUUUAAUGCAAAUGGUCUUUUACGGUAAUCGUAUCAACAAAAUACAUGACAAUAAUGUCUUAAUGGCAUACGUGAAAGAGAACUUCAACUUAAAAGUGAUCAACGGAAAAGUCAUGGAACUGAAAAAUAAAAUUAAAAUUCCUGUUUCUUCACGGUUGCAGGACUACAUAAACGCGACAGAAAACCAAUUCCAGCACGAAGAUAGCCCAUUGUUAUUUGGUCUACCUGAGAACGUUGCAAUUUCUUGGGAAAUAAAGCAGAGCAAAAGCUUGCUGCAAAAAUUACGCCAUGCACAACUUGAAACCAAUGAGGGAACAGAAAUUGACCAAAACCGUUGGCAUACAACAGUAACUUCAAUACUGGGCUUGUGGAAAAGAUUAAAUGCUCAAAAUACCCUGCACAUUACUGCGGCUAUUCAACCGGAAAAUACGGACGAUCCAAUAGAACAAGCUUUAAUUCUAGAAUAUACCCACGCUGUGCACAUAGUGAGUUUAAAGUAG